UUCAAAGGGGAAACAGGACAGAGAGAGACCUGGUUGAUACCCAGCAUCAACAUGCAUCUUGGGUGAUCUGAUCACAAGGACAUCUCAGAGAUGCAUUGCAGCCCCUUCACAGUUGCACUUAGUGCAGGCCACAUGAUAUAAUCACCAAGGACGCAAGUUAACGCCAGGUGUGAACAGGACCGGAGAGAUUGCUUGCUACCUCUAGAUGCUCGUGCCGAAGGCCCGUAUUAUUGCAGUCACGUGAUCACUGCCAGAAACGCUAAAUGGGACCAGCCAUUGACUGCGCCAACAGCCUUGCAAAAGCAAGCCGAUAUCCAGUUCAGAUUCUUAUUGGAGGAUAUGAGAGGUUUUCUGCAAUCUACCCUUUCUUCAGAACACAGAAAAUCACAUACACGAUUAGGGAACUGGAAAACAUGAAGCCGUAUCCAGUGGAAAUUUUGCCUGGCCAACUCUAUAUGGGUAAUUACAGGCAUGCAACAAAUCCUCGUAUUCUCAAAGAUCUGAAACUCACUGCACUAAUCAGUAUCUCUGAAGACAGCAGUCUAAUGUUUGAAAAAGGAAGCUGCGCUAUUCUGUACAUCCCAGUUGCAGACUCUGUGGAUGCUGAUUUGUAUAGUUCUUUUGAGCAAGCAUCUAUUUUUCUAGCCUCUCGUCUUAACACUGGAUCUGCUGCACUCAUAUGCUCAACUCAUGGGAUUAGCCGCUGCAGCACGCUGGCCAUGGCCUUUCUAAUGCACCACCUAAAAUACACACUCAAGGAGGCAUGGGGUCAUGUUCAUCAGUGCAAAGCCAACAUGAGGCCCAACCGAGGAUUUGUGCAGCAACUCUCCAACUGGGAGCUCCAAAUAGUUGGGAGAAAAAUUACAGAUAUUUCAGAGCCCAAUUACUGAAACGUUUUCAGUUGCUUUAAGGCACUGUUCUUUCACUCCACUGACUCUGUUUAGACAUCCUGAAUGAAUACUGGCUUUUGUGUUAUUAUAAAUGUAAUGCAUUUUUUG